CUCCGCCUGGACUGCCAGCAACACUUUCUCUACCGUCCAGCAAAAAUAUCUUAUCAAGCGUGUCGUAACUCGAGGCCAUAUUGGAAAGGAGACAGGCACCUUCCUCACCCAAAUUAUAAAGUCUGAUCCUUCUAUUAUCUCACGAUGUUCUCGUUGCUUGUUCUUCUUAUCUUCGUGCUUUCUUUAGUAUACCUCCAAUAUUCUGGUGCCCGGGCUCUACCCGCAAGAGAGAACGAGAAUGUUACCGGCAAUCAUGUCCCAUCCGAAAACAAGAGCUCUACCCCCGUUAGCCCUGUCGCCCUAGAGAUCAAAAAACCGGGAAACAAUAAAAUUCCAAGUUCAAAUCAAGGCCCUUCAUCGUGGCAUGAUAUUGCCGAAGAGGAGGAUUCCGCUCAUGAAAAUGAUACCAAAAUUCCCGCGGAAAGCAUAACCAUUGCAAUUUUUUGUGCUCUGGCAUAUGAAGCUGUUGCAGUCCGAUACAUGCUAGACAAAGAAUACUCAUGUCGCUUGGAAAGGGGGGGGCCAACAAAAUAUGUCUACUCGUUUGGGCUGAUUGGCGAGCAUAACGUUGUCAUUGCCCGACCCCCUGACAUGGGUACUGUCAAUGCGGCCCAUUGUGCAGCAGCUGUCAGUCAACAGUUUCCAAACGUUCGCCUCGCUUUAAUGGUGGGGAUCGGUGCUGGCCUCCCCAGCCCGAAGCACGACGUUCGUCUCGGUGAUCUGGUCGUCAGUAGCCCCAGGGACGGGUUACCAGGUGUUGUUCAGUAUGACUUUGUCAAGCGAGAACAAGAAAAAGACGUCCAAAAGGGCUGUCUAAACAAGCCGCCGCGGAUCUUGAUAAGUGCAGAUGGAAAAUUGCAAGAAGACGAAAUGAUGGAAAAACAUUCGCUGAGAAGGGCUCUUAGGAAGCUUACCAAUCGCCCGAUGUUCAAGCGGCCUGUUGCAGAGGACAUUUUGUUCGACGAGAACUUUCUCCACGUUGUGAAGGGCUCGAGUUGCAGUGAGUGCAACGAUUCAAGUGCAAAGAUGGCCGUCCACCGCCCUCAACGUCCUGAUGACAACCCCAUCGUUCACCGCGGUCUUAUACUUUCGGGAGAUGGAGUUAUCAAGAGCUCUGAAUACCGUAAACGCCUACAACAAGACUAUCCAGAGGCGCUCUGCCUUGAAAUGGAGGCAGCUGGUAUCAUGGACGAGCUUCCUUGUCUGGUAGUGCGAGGAAUUUGUGAUUACGCCGACACCCACAAGAAUGAUGAGUGGCACUAUUAUGCCGCGGCUGUUGCAGCUGCUUACUGCAAGGCUCUUUUGCGCAAGGUCGACGCCCAAGAAGUGCAGGAGGCGACAACUAUGAAACAGCUGAUGGAUGGUGUGAAGGGACUGGCUGAAGGGAUAAAUAAGAUACAAGACUCACAAAGGGAUACCCAGAUUCUUGUCCAAAAUAUAGACCGACGUAUGCUCCUAGAGACACUACGCCCAGUCGAGGAAGCCUUAUUCGAUGCCUAUCAGAAAGAGGGUGGAGGUGAAUGUCUCCAAGGAACCAGGACUGAGCUGCUCGCGGAAAUUUUAAAAUGGGGGAGCUCUCUAUCAGGUCCAUGCAUAUUCUGCCUCGAAGGUAUGGCUGGAACUGGAAAAUCUACUAUAUCUCGGACGACGGCAGCGUUAUUUCGUGACCGGGGUAUCUUCGCAGCAAGCUUUUUCUUUAAAAGAAAUGCUGGUGACCAAGGGAACGCAAGACGACUAUUUUCGACGAUUGCGUGGCAAAUAACAUCCACUAUCCCCGGUCUUUCGGCCAGAAUUCAACAGUCAGCUGAUAAGGAGCGGAGUAUUUCAACAAAAACUAUCGAUCAGCAAUUUGAUCAACUUUUGCUUCAACCAUUACGUACUUUUGGACAAUCAAAUCAUGAGAAGCCGUGCUUUGUUAUUGUUAUCGAUGCACUGGACGAGUGCGAGGCAGAAGGUGAUAUCGAGAAUAUCUUGCGGCUUCUACCGAAAGUGAUGGAGGUCCACUCGAUAACACUCCGUUUCUUUUUGACAUGUCGCCCUGAACAUGCAGCUUUACGUGGGUUCAAGAGCCUCAAGGAAAACGACCGCCAGUAUCUGAUCCUACAAACAAUCCCCAAACCAAUAAUAACUCGCGAUAUCUCACUCUUUUUGGAGCACAGAUUUUCGGAGCUUAGAAAGAAACAACCCACCCUUCCUAAAGGAUGGCCUGGGAAGGAUAGGCUACAAACACUUGUUACAAUUGCUAUUCCUUUGUUCAUCUUUGCCGCCACUGUCUGCCGCUUCCUCGAAGACCCACAAUGGCAACCAGAAGAGCGACUGGUUGAAUUCCUUGAUGAUCCAGCCACAAGAUCUGCUUCUGAGAUGGAAAGAACAUACCUGCCAAUCCUAAACCAGCUCUUGAAAGGUCGAAAUAAGGCGGAUUCAGACAAGCUAAAACAAGAGUUUCACGAAAUCAUUGGUGUUAUUGUUCUUCUUGCUCGGCCGCUGUCAGUUGAGUCACUGACGACAUUGCUUAGUAAGAGCAAAAGCACUGUUAAAGGACGAGUGGAGUCAUUUCGCUCUGUCCUCAGUGUACCAGAGGAUGAUGUUAUUCCAGUUACGACUCUACAUUUAUCAUUUCGAGAUUUCCUAGUGAGUCCGGAGUGUGAGUUUCGAAUCAAUGAGGCUGAGAUUCAUGGUAAUAUAGCAUCACACUGCCUUCGGAUUAUGAAUCACAGUUUAAGGCACAACAUCUGCAGUCUACCAAGUUACGGAAUAGAACGCGCUGAGAUCCAUGAUAGUGUGAUUAAACAACAUUUACCAGACGAUUUACGGUACGCCUGCCGCUACUGGGCGCAUCAUCUGCAUCAAAGCAAAGAAGAUGGAAAGCAAAUGGAGGCACUCUCCUUCCUGAAGGUUCAUUUUCUUCAUUGGCUAGAGGUGAUGAGCUUGAUCGGGCUGGCUUCUGAGGGUGUUAGUGCAAUAAAUGCACUACAUUUAAAAUACGAAACCAGCCUGGACGAAAAUUCCUCUGAAUUCUUACACGACGCAAAACGAUUUAUUCUGAAAAAUAGUUACAUGGCUGACCUUGCGCCACUUCAACUAUACUGCGCUGCACUUACAUUCGCGCCUAUGAAUAGUGCUAUCCGAGCUAUGUUCAAGACCAGCCGAAGAUGGAUAGAGACUUUACCACAGGUUGAAGAGUCGUGGAAUGCCGAAUUGCAGACACUCGAGGGCCAUUCAGGCUCGGUUGGAUCCGUGGCCUUCUCAGCAGACGGCCUGACGGUGGCGUCAGGCUCACAUGAUAAGACGAUCAAGCUCUGGGACGCCAAGACCGGGUCGGAGAUCCGCACACUCGAGGGCCAUUUAGACUGGGUUGGAUCUGUGGCCUUCUCAGCAGACGGCCUGACAGUAGUAUCAGGCUCAUAUGAUAAGAUGAUUAAGCUCUGGGACGCUAAGACCGGGUCGGAGAUCCGCACACUCGAGGGCCAUUCAGACUCGGUUAGAUCUGUGGCCUUCUCAGUAGACGGCCUGACGGUGGUGUCAGGCUCAGCUGAUAAGAUGAUCAAGCUCUGGGAUGCUAAGACUGGAUUAGAGAUCCACACACUCGAGGGCCAUUCAGGCUCAGUUGAAUCUGUGGUCUUCUCAGCAGACAGUCUAACAGUGGUGUCAGGCUCAGCUGAUAAGAUAAUCAAGCUCUGGGAUGCCAAGACCGGGUCAGAGAUCCGCACACUCGAGGGCCAUUUAGACUGGGUUGGAUCCGUGGCCUUCUCAGCAGACGGUCUAAUAGUAGCAUCAGGCUCACAUGAUAAGACGAUCAAGCUCUGGGACACCAAGACCGGGUCGGAGAUCCGUACACUCGAGGGCCAUUCAGACUGGGUUGGAUCUGUGGCCUUCUCAGCAGACAGCCUGACAGUGGUAUCAGGCUCACAUGAUAAGACGAUCAAGCUCUGGGACGCCAAGACCGGGUCGGAGAUCCGCACACUCGAGGGCCAUUCAGGCUUGAUUGUAUCUAUGGCCUUCUCAGCAGACGGCCUGACAGUGGCGUCAGGCUCAGAUGAUAAGACGAUCAAGCUCUGGGACGCCAAGACCAGGACGGAAAUCUGCACACUCAAGGGCCAUUUAGGCUUGGUUGGAUCUGUGGCCUUCUCAGCAGACGGCCUGACGGUGGCGUCAGGCUCAGAUGAUAAGACGAUUAAGCUCUGGGACACUAAGACUGGGUCGGAGAUCCGCACACUUGAGGGCCAUUCAGGCUCAGUUGGAUCCGUGGCCUUCUCAGCAGACGGCCUGACAGUAGUAUCAGGCUCAUAUGAUAAGACGAUUAAGCUCUGGGAUACUAAGACCAGGUCAGAGAUCCGCACACUCAAGGGCCAUUUAGACUUGGUUAGAUCCGUGGUCUUCUCAGCAGACGGCCUGACGGUGGCGUCAGGCUCAGCUGAUAAGAAAAUCAAGCUCUGGGACGCCAAGACCGGGUCGGAGAUCCGCACACUCGAGGGGCCAUUUACACUGUGUUGGAUCCGUGGCUUUCUCAGCAGACGGCCUAACAGUGGUGUCAGGCUCACAUGAUAAGACGAUCAAGCUCUGGGAUACCAAGACCGGAUCGGAGAUCCGCACACUCGAGGGUCAUUCAGACUGGGUUGGAUCCGUGGCCUUCUCAGCAGACAGCCUGACAGUAGUAUCAGGCUCAUAUGAUAAGACGAUUAAGCUCUGGGAUACUAAGACCAGGUCAGAGAUCCGCACACUCAAGGGCCAUUCAG